GAGAGUUAGCGGCAUCACACCGGACAGUACCGCUCACAGUAACAAGAAGCGUUUUUGAGUAACUUAGGUAUAGAAGCAGUUUGUCAGCGAUAGAGAACGGUGUAUAGGUUUGAAUAUGUAAGGUUAAACAUUACAGCAUUGUCGCUACCACUUAAAAAGUCUGUUUGUUUAUAGAGACAGAGCAGGGAUGCCUGCCGGUCGCUAGCAUGCUGUAGCUAGCUAAAUGCUAAAGUUAGCCUAGCGUGGGACACCGUGAACAAUCUUUUCUGUUUACCUUUAGCAUCAAGUUUCUCGAACAAUGAAGUGUCACUAUGAAGUGUUAGGUGUGAAACGGGACGCGGGAGACGAUGAUUUGAAGAAAGCGUAUCGUAAAUUAGCCCUGAAAUGGCAUCCAGAUAAAAACUUGGACAAUGCUGAGGAGGCAGCGGAGCAGUUCAAGCUGAUCCAGGCAGCUUAUGAUGUCCUGAGUGAUCCACAGGAGAGAGCUUGGUAUGACAAUCACAGGGAGGCUCUGCUGAAAGGAGGGCUGAGUGGCGACUAUGAAGACGACAGCAUUGAUUUGUUGCAGUAUUUUACGGUCACCUGCUACUCUGGCUAUGGAGAUGACGAGAAGGGCUUUUACACAGUUUACAGGAAUCUUUUUGAGUCCAUUGUUAAGGAGGAGAUGGAGCACAGCAAAGUGGACGAUGAUGAAGAGGAGGAGGAGUUUCCUCCCUUUGGAGACUCUCAGAGUGACUAUGAUACCGUAGUUCAUGUGUUUUACGGCUACUGGCAGAGCUUCUGCACUCGCAAAAACUUUGCAUGGAAGGAGGAAUACGAUACGAGGCAGGCCUCCAACCGCUGGGAGAAAAGGGCCAUGGAGAAGGAGAACAAGAAAACCAGAGAAAAGGCUCGAAAGGAGCGUAACGACCUGGUGCGACAGCUGGUGGCUUUUGUUCGUAAGCGUGACCGUCGUGUUCAGGCCCACAGGAAGCUGGUGGAGGAACAGAACGCUGAGAAGAUCAAGAAGGUGGAGGAACUGAGACGGAAACAGAAGCUCAAGCAGGCAAAGCUGGCAGAGGAGUACAAGGAGCAGAGCUGGGCGGCCAUGUCUGAACUUGAAAAGGAGCUGCAGCAGAUGGAAGCUCAGUACGGAGAGGAGUUUGGAGAUGCAUCUGAGAGCGAGGAGGAAGAGCUGGAUGUGGACACGCAGGAAAAGAACGGUGUAGAAGGAGAAUCAGACCAACCAGAUGGAGACGACCUGAUUGAUGAGUAUGAUGAUCUCUACUGCCCAGCCUGUGACAAAUCCUUCAAAUCAGAUAAAGCAAUGAAAAACCAUGAAAAAUCCAAAAAGCAUCGGGAGAUGGUGGCGUUGCUACGGCAACAGCUUGAGGAAGAAGAGGAAUCAUUUGGUUUGAAUGUUGAUGGAAAGGAGGGAAGAGAGGAUGACGAGGAGGAGGAAGAGGAAGAAGAGGAGGAGGAAGAAGAGGAAAAGCCAAGGCAGAAACUGUCCAAAAAACAAAAGAGGAAAAAGAAACAGCAGAAGGUGGCAAAUCAAAGUGCUCAGGAGGAGGAGGAUGAUGGGGAGAAACCGACACAGACGACCACCUGUGAUGAAGAAGCCCCCGAGAAGUCAGCAGAGCCAGCAGCGCCUGAGAAACAGGACGAUCUCCCUGCCACGGAAGUAAAGAGCAGCUCUGGGAAGACGAAGGGAAAGAAGGGAGGAGGAAAAGACAAACCAAAGAACGUCAAGUCGCACACAGGAGAACAGCUUCCUGAGAAGGAAUUAAACCUGCGCUGUGUUACCUGCAACUACGAGUUCCCCACGAGAAACAAGCUGUUUGACCACCUGAAGACCAGCGGCCAUGCUACCGCUCUCUCUGCAAACGCUGCUCACAGCUCCAUGAGCAAGAGCAAAAAAGACAAGAGGAAGAACAGAUAAUACAUCUUCACCUGGGCCGAUGAGCCUGACGGAGUUUGGCUCAGCAGGGGACACGUGAAACAACACUAUGAGAAGUUUCUGGAGGCUCAAAAAAAAAGCCUUUGAAAGUGGACUAAAGUGGACUGGGUGAACUGAGAGAAGAUAGUUUUUUAAAAAUUGCACCAUGAGCAUGUUUGGUUGUGUGAGAGACUGAGUGUUCAGAUUAGAAUUAUCAGGUUUUCAGUGAUUUUCUUCAUAAUUUAUGAAAGUAAUAAAUCAUUCAGGAUGUGUAUAGGAUCAAAUUAUCCCUACUGUCAGAUCUCCUGUGUUUCAGGAACCAUGUCUCCUUGUUUGUCAUAACGAUCUCUGUAGUGGUAUUACUAAUAAAGGUGAUACUGCAUGUCAGUAUUUAUACAACCCUGGAA